AUUAUUAUUGUCAGAAUAAUUUCACUUAUGAAAAUGGCGGCGAGUCAGGGAGCUGUGGGACCUGCGGCGGCUCUACAGAGCCAGCAUUAUCUGAACGUCGCGCACUGGAGCCCGGGCGUGAUUCAACAGCAGCAGCAGCAGCAGCAACACCCGCUGCACACCGCCCGCAGUCUGGAGCGUGCACUGGAAGAUGCCGUCUGCUCCGGGAUGCUCAACAUCAGCGGAAGAAAACUGCGUGAAUACCCUGGUCUAAACUACGACCUGACCGAUACUACACAAGCAGACUUGUCGAAAAACCGCUUUUGUGAACUCCCUCCAGAAGUUUGUAUGUUUGCGCCGCUGGAGUCUUUAAACCUCUAUCACAACUGCAUAAAGGUCAUUCCAGAGGCCAUUAUAAACCUACAGAUGCUCACCUACCUGAACAUCAGUCGAAAUCAGCUGUCCGUUCUCCCCAAGUUUCUCUUCAUUCUUCCUCUGAAAGUGCUUGUGGUCAGCAACAAUAAACUCCUGUCUAUUCCUGAGGAGAUCGGAAAGGCCAAAGACCUCAUGGAACUGGACAUCAGCUGUAAUGAGAUCCAGGUGCUUCCUGCUCAUAUGGGGAAACUACUCGCGCUACGAGAGCUCAACAUACGAAGAAACUGGCUACAAGUCUUACCGGAUGAAUUGUCUCAUCUGCCGUUGAUCAGGUUGGAUUUCUCUUGUAAUAAGAUCACUGAGAUUCCCAUAUCUUACCGUAAACUUAAGCAGUUACAGCACAUCGUUCUUGACAACAACCCCAUGCAGUCUCCUCCCGCCCAGAUCUGCCUGAAGGGAAAGAUCCACAUCUUUAAGUAUUUAAACCUGCAGGCAUGUCGCCUGGAUAAAAAACCAGACACACUUGACCUGCCUUCUUUGGGAAAGCGCUGCUUACCUCAGCAGCUAACAGACAGUAUGGAAGAUUUUUAUCCCAGUAAAAACCAUGGCCCUGACUCCGGUAUUGGCAGUGACAAUGGGGACAAAAGACUGUCGACUACAGAGCCAUCUGAUGAUGAUACAAUGAGUCUCCACUCUCAAGUGUCUGAGACCGCGCGGGCUGACCCACACAUACUUCUCACAAAGCUGGACUCAAACAAAGAUCAGGAACCAUAUGACUUUAUUGACCCAAAUCCAGAUGAAGAGGCCAUUCUGUCUGAGGGAGAUCUACAGCACAAUGCACCCUAUGUGUCGUGUAUAAAGGAGUUGGAGCGGGUUCUGAAAACACACCAAAGCAAAGACAAAGAGAACUGGAAAGAAGAGUCUGGCUCAGAGAAAGAGCAGUUAGUUGAAGAGGAGGAGGAUGACUUGAAGGAAGUGUUGGAUCUGAGGAAGAUUGCAGUACAGCUGCUACAACAAGAGCAACAGAACAGGAGGCGGUCCCUAAUUUGUAGGGCAGAGAGUCUAAUUCACCGUAGAAGAGCAGCGGGGAGAGCUCACAGGUUUCUCAGCCACUCAGGGAGCAGCACCAAACAGAGAUCCCCAUCUCAGACUGUCAGAAGUGCAUCACUAGAUGAAGGAAGCAGCUCAGCCUCUGCCUUAAGUGGACAGGAGACUGAUCUCACUGAUGAAGAUGCGGCUUUCUCUGAGCCUUCUUCCUCUUGCUCGUUUGAUGGAAGUUUGAAAUCAGAAAGCAGUGACUCAGAGCCAAGAUGGCCAGAGGUCCCUCCUGUUCUCAACCAGAAUGAGGAUCGGAGAAGAAAUAAAUACCUAAGAAAAGACUACCUGAAGUACAAGUGUCAAAGUGCUCGAAGAAACUCAAGUGGCAACGACAAUGAUUGUGAGGAGGGAAUGCGGUCUAAUGAGUUCACCACAACUCUCACUGUCUUUGGCCUGAAACCAAGAUCAGCCUUCUCCCGUGGAAAUCGUCAAGACUUAAGCUCCACAGACCCAAGCUUUACCAUGAGGAGAAAGAUGGAGCACCUCAGGGAGGAGAUGGAGCAGAUCAGACUCCUGCGGCAGAACCUUGAGUCUAGGUUGAAGGUUUUGUUGCCAGACGAUGUAGGUGCUGCUCUGAUGGAUGGUGUUGUUUUAUGCCAUCUGGCCAAUCACAUUCGUCCUCGUUCCGUGGCCAGUAUUCAUGUGCCCUCCCCUGCAGUGCCAAAGCUGAGUAUGGCCAAGUGUCGGCGGAAUGUUGAGAAUUUCUUGGAUGCUUGUAAAAAGCUUGGAGUGACACAGGACAAGUUGUGUUUGCCACAUCACAUCCUGGAGGAGCGAGGUCUGGUGAAAGUUGGUGUCACUGUACAGGCACUGCUGGAUCUUCCAUCAUCAAAGCCCAACCAACUUUCAACCAUGUAGCAUCGCUGGAUCAUGGGACGUCCACUUAGCAUCCCUUUACCCUGCCUUACCACCUCAUCCUCACUCCUCACUCUCAGUGUUGUUCUUUGACCUAUUAUGUGGAGGUCAUGACCCUUCACCCUAACUCAACUGUGGUGAACAGGCCGGCUUUCCCCUACCUCUUAUAAGCCUCUAUGGAGGGGACUAGACAGUUUAAAGCUCCAAUAUUGUGCCCUAUUGGAGGGAAAUUGUACGUUAAAGCCACACAUUUCAUUCUGAGGGGAAAUAUCUGUUUCUAGUCCACGACUGGCUGUGCCGUCUUAAUGCUGGACACCUCAGUCUCCUUUCUUUUGUAUCUCCUUCUCAUAUCUCUCGUGUUUGCUCUUCUCUUGGACCGGUGAGCCCAACAAUGGGCGAGGACAGGAGAAAAGUAUGCAGCUUUCUGGCUGAUUCUGGACCAGAGGGAAGGUUUUAUUUCAGUGCCACUCCAGCCCUCUCCUGUAUGAAGUCACUAAGAGCUGUCAGUCAUCUCGUUACAUUCUGUCUGUUGUUUCCUGUCUUUCUGAGGAAAUAAGUAAGGGAGAGACAUGUAUUGAUGUGCAUGUAAUCACAACCAGACCAACAAUGGGGACACCUGGAAAGGACCGACAAAGAUGUUGCCAUAAAAAAGGGAUCAUGGCUGUCAUAAUUGUUAAUUUACUGCAGUCAGGUGAGUCAUUGGAAGUGCAUUAGAAAGUAUUAAUUUCUUUCUGCAUGCCUGCACUGUUUUGUUUGAAACGUGAAGACACUGCUCAUGUACAUACGAGACAAAGGCUUGUUUGUGUUCUUUUACAUACUUGCAAAUCUUUGUUCUAAAUUAUGACUGGUUUUCCCACAGGUUUUAUUUUAUUGCUUCAGUUCUCGUGAACAGCCUGCGUGAGGAAUUCACAACAGAAUUCCAUUGUAAUUGCAUUGUGCACUAGAAUUUUCAUUGUUUGUUGUGCAGGUAUGAAUAAUUUUCAGCACUAAAAAUAGGCCAGUUUUAAAUAUUGCAACACCUAAUUAUAAUCACAUAGAGUAGAAACAGUCCAUUUAUAAUUGACACACACUUGAUUGUAUGGAUUUAAAUUUACAAUCAACUAAAGGCUUGAUUUAAAAAAUAAUGUCUCAUAGAUAAACAAAUCUAAAGAAUCUUUGAUGCCUGGAAAAUGUAAUCAAGUUGUAAAGCAUUUGAUGUGCUGCAGUUCGUCCGUAAACUAAAGAUGUUUAGAAAUUUUAGUAUGUACAAGUCAUUUUUAUUUGUUUUAUCGAGGAAUUUAUUUAUUUACCUUUAUGUACUUUUGUAUGUUUUAUUUAUUUAUUUAAAUUGUUUACUUCUUUAUCAACCUCUGAAAAACAUUAACUAUUGCCCCAAAAUCAGCAAUAACAUUCAAAACGUCUUGAGGAAAUUGGAGGUUUUGGAGGUCACCAUCUUGAAAGGUUUUAGCUCUUUCAGUUUCCAUUUCUGCGUUUACAUGCACACCAGAAAGCCAUUUAUUGUGAGAAAGCUAAUGAGGAUCAGAUGAGAAAGAAACGUUCACAUUUACAUGCCCAGUUUCAUCACAUUGCUUACGCAUCAGUAGUUUUUAUGUUACUUGAAUUGUGCAGUUUUUUGUGCACUCAAUAAAAAAAAAACAUAAGAAUGCUGCUUAUGCGUUUACAUGACUGCAUAAUCCACAUUCUCAUUACGUUUAUAUGAAAGUAAGAAAAUGGCUGCUAAUACAGAGCAUGUAAACUCCAACCUUCGUGUCUUAGCCUGCUUUCUCGUAUAAACGAAUUUAUAGUGGGCAUGUAAGUACUGUCAUUCAACAUUUGCCUUUUUUUAGCCUUGUCUGCUCACUACCUGAACAUUAGCU